GUUUGGAUCGAACAGCUGAAGCCAAACUACAACCCAGUGAAUAUAUUAAUGAAACCCAAGUUUUACCCGAUUUCCCUGGUAUGUUGGAAAAACUUAAAGUUGAUAUGAAAGCAACAUCCUCCUCUGCUCAAAGUCCAAAUGCAAAAUAUCCCAUUAUAACAUUCCUUGGUACUGGAUCCUGCAUACCUAACAAGACACGUAAUGUUAGUUCCAUACUGGUACAAUCUCAUGAAAAUUGUUAUGUCCUCUUGGAUUGCGGUGAAGGCACCCUGGGUCAGAUACAACGAAUGUUUGGCAUGACCAAGAAAAUUAUUUAUGUUUCACAUUUACAUGCCGAUCAUCAUAUUGGCUUAAUUGGUUUGCUAACCGAACGCAUAAAGUUAUCAGGUGAAUUGAAAGAGGAUCUAAAGAAAGUUUUGGUAAUGGCACCAAAACAAAUUGAACCCUGGUUAAAUUUCUAUCAAAAUUGUAUAGACAAUAUAAAAGAUGCUUAUGAGCUGAUUGGCAAUGCUGAUAUGUUGGAUGAGCCAAUGAAUCUGAAAGAAACGCAUCAAGAUUUGGGAAUUGAUGCUAUACAAACCUGUAUGGUCAAACAUUGUCCACAUUCAUUUGGUGUUAAGCUAAGUAUUACUCCCGUGGAAAAUCCGGAGGAACCCAUAACUGUGACCUAUAGUGGUGAUUCAAUGCCCUGCAAAGAUCUUGUCGAUUUGGGUCUAAAUUCUACAAUACUCAUACACGAAGCCACCAUGGAAGAUGAUUUGGCCGAUGAGGCAAAAAUUAAAAUGCACAGCACAAUAUCUCAAGCCAUACAACAGGGCCAGGCAAUGAAUGCCAAACAUAUUAUCCUAACACAUUUCUCUCAACGUUAUGCCAAGUUGCCACGUUUAUCGGUGGAUGAGAAUAAUACCUGUACAAUGUCGAAUGUUUCGAUAGCCUUUGAUAAUAUGCAAAUAUCAUUGGAUGAUUUGCACAAUUUCCAUUUAAUGUAUCCGGUAAUGCGUUCUCUGUUUGCCGAACAUGCUGAGGAGUUGGAACAGAAGGCCUUAAAGCGUGAAAUGAAAUUGGAACGAAAAAGGAAAUUAAUGAGCACAUAA